CAGCGUCAGUUGUGCCAGCCUGAUACUGUGUCGGGGACGAGGGUAAUGGGCCAAGCCUCACUGCCGGAGUAUAGAGAGCCGGAAAAAGAGUCCAAGGAGGACAUGGAGAGCUACCGCUGCCUUCUGCAGGCUGGCUCCCAGCUAGAGAGCACACUGCAGCAGGUGACUGUUCCUGUGAGCAUGAAGGAGAUAGGAGGCUACAUACAGAAACAGGUGGCGUACCUGUCAGGGGGCCGUGGUGAAGACUCCAGCGUCAUCAUCACCCUCCCAGAAUGCUCAGCUUUCAGUGACAUUCCAGAGGAAGCUUUAGCCAAAGUCUUCACAUACCUCACUCUCAUCCCUCGAACGAGGCAACCCGGAGUGAAAUUUAUUAUCAUUUUAGACCGAAGACUGGAUACAUGGGCUUCUAUCAAAACUGCACUUGCCAGGAUAGCAGCUUCCUUUCCUGGGAACCUCCACCUAGUUUUGGUGCUCCGACCCACCAGCUUCUUCCACCGCACUGUUACCGAUAUUGGCUUUCGCUUCAGCCAAGAGGACUUCAUGCUUAAGAUGCCAGUGGUGAUGCUGAGCUCUGUCACGGACCUGCUGCGGUACAUUGACGAGAACCAGCUGACGUCGGAGUUUGGAGGCACUUUGGACUAUUGUCACAGUGACUGGAUUGUUUUACGAACGGCUAUUGAAAGUUUUGCUGUAACAGUCAAAGACAUCGCACAGAUGCUGCAGGCUUUUGGCACUGAGCUGGCAGAGACAGAACUGCCUAAUGAAGGAAAAGCCAUCGAGUAUCUCCUGGAGUCUCACACUGACAAAUACAGGAAACUCAAGGAUGCAAUUAGAUCUGUGUCAAAGGAGGGUCGUCAUCUUCUUGCAAGCCUGGAAACCUCUGGGAAGGAGGAUGACUCCCUCUGGGAUGUGAAGGUGGACUUGGAAACUGUACAACGGCUUCUUGCUCAGCUCAGAGACAUGGAGUCAGCCUUUGACGGCUACUUUGAGAAGCAUCAUCUGAAACUCCAUCAGUACAUGCAGUUGCUCAAAUAUGAGCAAAGCUUCCAGGAGAUGGAGUUGUGUCUGGAGCAUCUCAUGGCUGAGGAGAGGGAGCUGUCCAUAUCUGUAGACACUCUUACUCAAACAGAACAGGCUCUUAAAAGGCUGGAUGGUCUGGAAUCAAAUGCACAAGAGGUGAUGGCUCGAGCCCAGAUCAUCAUCCUUCAUGGGCACCAGCUUUCAGCCGGUCACCACUAUGCCAUGGCUCUCAUUAUGCAGCGCUGCAACGAGCUUCGCCACCACUGUGAUACACUCAAUGCUGCUCUAAAGACCAAACACUCUCAUCUUCUGCAAACACAUCAGUUGCUGCUUUGUCUUGGACAGGCCCAGACCUGGUGUGAUGAUGGAGCAUAUCUGCUGGCCAAUCAGCUGGUAGAUAAGUUCCAGUCUAAGGAGGGGGCCCAGGCUGCUUUGAGGGAUAUUGAGAGGUUCCUGGAAGGGGCACCAUCCAUGUUGAGCUCAGGACCUGACAUCCUGUCCAUUGAGUACGAGGCUGUCAUCACAACUCAGCUGCAGUCCCAGAUAGGGAAAACCUUUGAGAAGCAUGCAGCCGUGCAGCAGAUGAUCCAGAACCGACAGGCUUGUCUGAGGAAGCUGGCUGAUAAACAUGUCCGACCGGUCCAACUAGUGGCUCCCAGGCCUGAAAACCCACCACGCACCAAGUCCCCACUCUUCUCCCCUAAGCAUGGUGAUGGUUUGAAGUUCACAUUCGACCUCUCUCUUCCCGGGAAGAGGGCAUCCCGAAAGAGCCCCAACGCUAGAAAAAUAGAGGUGAUUCACGACUACCAGGAGAGUCGGAGCUGUGUGUCGUACAGUCUGGAGGGAGAGGACAGCCCAGAUCUCCUAAAACGUCAUGUGAUGAGGGAACUCAUAGAGACAGAGAGGAUCUAUGUAGAAGAACUGUUGUCGGUGCUGCUGGGUUACAGGGCUGAGAUGGACAAUCCAGCUCUGUCGGGGCCUCUGCCCCCGAUCCUACGCAGCAAGAGAGACAUCCUCUUUGGAAACAUGCCUGAGAUCUACAAUUUUCACAGCAGGGUUUUUCUUCAGGACCUGGAAGGAUGCCUGGAGGCUCCUGAAAGUGUGGGAGCUUGUUUUCUGGAGAGGAAAGAGAAUUUCCAAAUGUAUGAAUGCUACUGUCAGAAUAAGCCACGCUCUGAGGCCCUGUGGAGACAAUUCUCAGAUUGUGCCUUCUUUCAGGAGUGUCAAAAGAAGCUGGAGCACAAACUGGGUCUGGAUUCUUACCUGUUGAAACCAGUCCAACGCCUCACCAAAUACCAGCUGCUGCUUAAGGAGCUGUUGAAAUACAGUACAGAUUGCGAGGGGACCUCUGAACUGCAGGGGGCGCUAACAGCUAUGCUGGACCUGCUAAAAUCAGUCAAUGACUCCAUGCAUCAAAUAGCCAUCACAGGAUAUGAGGGAGAAAUUUGCGAGCUGGGCCGCGUGUUGAUGCAGGGCUCUUUCAGCGUGUGGAUCAGCCAUAAGAAAGGUCCCACUCGCAUGAAGGAGCUUGCUCGCUUCAAGCCAAUGCAGAGACACCUCUUCUUGUAUGAAAGAGCUCUGCUAUUCUGCAAGCGGAGGGAGGAGCAUGGAGACGGCUGUGACAAGACUCCCUCCUACAGCUUCAAGCACUGUCUCAAGAUGACUGCUGUGGGGAUCACAGAGAACGUCAAGGGGGAUGUGAAAAAGUUUGAGAUCUGGUACAGUGGCAGGGAGGAAGUGUAUGUGGUUCAGGCUCCUACGGUGGAGGUGAAGAUGGCCUGGCUCAAUGAACUGCGCAGAAUCCUGACUAACCAGCAGAAGCUGCUUAGAGAUGAAGCAUAUCAUCAUGGCCAAUUGGUUGAGCACAUGCAGCUUUCUCCACCACAUACAGAAAGCAAGCAGCAGAGGGCGUCAGUGAGCUCAGAGGACACCGAGUCAGGGAGGAGCAGUCCAGAUCCCCAGCCACACUCCCCUAAACACCAGCACAACCGCAGGAGUUGGCCCGGAGCUCAUCACUCGGUAGACAUCUGCGAGGGUCUGGAGGAGUGGCCUGGAGGUCAGGACACCUUCCACCCAUCUGACACAGAGGAAGAGGUUUUGGUACAACUGUCUCCGGGCAGAUACAGGGCUUUGGCUGACUGUCUUCAAAACGGACCAGACAGCAUCACCAUCAAAUGUGGAGAUGUCAUCCAACUGCAGUGUGAAGACAACAAAAGCCGCUGGAUGCAAAGGGCUAUGCUGCUCUUUUUUCCUCAUCCCCUUUCUGCCACAGUGAGGCUGGUGAAAAACCUGAGUCGGCGACAAGAGGGCUUCAUCACUGCUGCCAGCCUGCAGCUGAUUAUAGAAGACAGCAGUCGAGGACACUCCUCCAGACUAGGGGACCCAGGGAACCUGAAGGCGAGAAAGCUCAGCUCCCCGUAGAGAAGAAAGCACAGAAUGUGAAUCUAAUAUCUACCUGUGGAUGAUGAACAGACAGAACAAACAGAUUGAGCCAUAGCUGUCUCAUAACUGAUGCACAAUCAGCCACCCACUCCUCACUCCCUGGUGCCAUCUGCUUUCCUCAGCACAGUUCCGUCAUUAAAAAGAAAAAUGUGGGAAUCUACACACCUGAUUUUCUCCCAGAUUUCGAUCUCCUGGGCCGGGCCAGUGAUUUGCCGCCACAGUGAUUUCUGAUAGUGAAGGCACAGGAACUGUAAAGCUUUCUUGGACAAUCAACAGCUUAUCCCUGGAUCCUGUUUGGUCUUCCUCUUUUUCUGAUAAGUGAUUAAUGUCUUGUCCUUCUGAGGCUCCAUCUGCAACACAUGUGCAGUGAGGAUGUGAGGUUGCUGCUGCAGGACUUCACAAUCUGAACAUUUUUCAACCGUCUCUCAUUCCAGCUAUUACUUGAGAUUACAGUAUCUAAAGAGUGUGUGUGUUCUGUUUGUCUCAGUGUGUGCUGAAUGGAUGCUUACCCAGGAUUUGCCUGAAAUGUUUCUUAAAACAGAGAGUUUUGUACAGAAAUGCUAUCAUUUUUAACAUUUACUGUACCUCAGUGUUUCAUCUUUGUGUAGUUAGUUGAAAUUUUCCAUUAUAUGACUUCACAUUGUAUUUUUCUUAUAUUUCAUUCCUUGAGGCACCGCUCUUCUCUACAGUCUAGGAGUUAAAAUGCCAAAAUGUGCCAUGCCAUAAUGCCUUUUUUAUUCCUGCUCUAUUGGAGUCGUUCCUCUCUUGUAUGUACUGUUUGCAGUAUUGAAUAUUCUGUUAAUGCUUUAACCUGACCUCACAAAUGUUCAACAGGCACUUUAAUAAGGUGGAAGGACAAUAGAGGGAAAAAAAAAAUCCACCAAUUGUCUAGUGAAUGUGUUCUUUGCUUGCUGCGUUACCUCUUAACUGUGCGUUUCCCCUGAUUCAUGCUAUUAUUUCCUUUGUUUAUUCUUGAAUGUAUAAUAUGUUAGGGAGGCAGGGGAGACAUACCCCCCACAUGCAGGCAGCAGUUGACAUGUCAGUGACGUGAUGGUAAUGUAUGACACAGGCGGACAUGAUGAAGAUUGACGGCAGUGUAUUCCUCAGUGUGUGCUGUAGACGAAUAGGAGGCGCACUCCACAGAGCACCGAACACUGUCAUUCUCCUCAGGAUCUUUUGGGAGACAUCUGUCAGUCACAGCGUUCAGAAGUGAAGGCGAGGCAGGGUAAGAGAAACAGAGAGAUUAUGGUCUAUGUGCUCCUCCAUCACAAAGGCAGAUUGUUUCCUCCUCACCAUUACGGCUCAGUUAAUCUUGGGUUCCCCAUUAAAAGGGAUCAUACGCCCAACAUGAAAUAUACCCUCUGUGUCGAACGCUUAAUUAAAUAUUGAUUGCAGACUUAUAUGAAUUUACCACAUCAAAUCGAGGCCCCAGUCGGAGGGCUGCCUUUGAUACGCUGCGUUUGAUAUGGAAAUGAGUCUAGAAAGCAGCAGGGGCCGCUUCGCACUACACAUUUCCUAUGUUGUUAAUUUAUUUAUUUUGCUGUCAUGUUGUUCCUUCAUAUUGUGAGGUAUCUGUGCAGCCCCGGAUGAAAUUACGUCUCCAUAUAUUUACAGGGGCCACAUGUGACUGCGCAACAACAUGGCCUUUAUUUUGCUUUUAUGCUUAUAUGACAAAAUUAGAUGCUUUUUUGUUGUGACUUCAAUCCAAAAUGCUGCAGAUUUUGCACAGAUUUUCCAAAGUGGAAAACAAACAAAACAAUUGCUUGAAAUAUUAUGUAUCCCAUUGAGCCAAGUAGCCUAAACUUGUUGCUGAAUGUUUCUUUAAGAUGAAAAUGCAUGGCAACUGAACAAUGAGCAGGUUUGUAUUGAUAGAUAUCACUAUUCUAAACUUUUUUGUUUGUUUGUUUUUUGUACAGCAUCAGUUCUGUAAAAACUA